GCACAAUUGACAUGGGGAGCCAGCACAAGAGCGGGAAGCAGCAGGAGAAGAACGGUAGCUUGAAGCUUUACGUGCAGAUCUACAACGUGAUUCAGAUCCUUCUUUGCUCUUACAUGGUCUAUGGUCUUAUGCCAUGCAUCUCGUUCCCGAACAUCUUCGGGAUCAACUCGGAGUUCGAUGCUCAGGGCGAGUGGUUCGUGUUUGUGCACUACUUGUCCAAGUUCUUGGACUGGUUCGACACACUCUGGAUCAUCCUCAAGAAGAAUCGGAAGCAGCUUUCCUUCCUGCAUGUCUAUCACCAUAUGACCAUUCCAAUGGUUUGGGGCUACCUUCUGCACAAUGGCGUUGCCAAUGGCACCACCCGUUACGGCGCUUGGGUCAAUUCCCUGACUCACGUCAUCAUGUACUCCCACUACCUUUGGACCUCCUUCGGCCUGCGCAACCCCUUCAAGCAUCUCAUCACAGGCUGGCAAAUUGCUCAGUUCUACUCCUGCCUUCUCCAUGCCUUCGUAGUCCGCGCGCUCGAAGAGACGGAAUGCUGGAAGAUGGCAUGGCUGCAGAUUUGCUAUCAGGUG